CUGAACUCCUUACAGUUGCUACAAUGUCUGGAAGAGGCAAAGGCGGUAAGGGACUCGGAAAAGGGGGCGCUAAGCGUCACAGGAAGGUUCUUCGUGAUAACAUCCAGGGCAUCACCAAACCCGCCAUCCGUCGUCUCGCUCGCCGCGGCGGGGUCAAGCGUAUCUCCGGUCUGAUCUACGAGGAGACCCGCGGUGUGCUGAAGGUGUUCCUGGAGAACGUGAUCCGCGAUGCUGUGACCUACACCGAGCACGCCAAGAGAAAGACCGUCACCGCCAUGGAUGUCGUGUACGCGCUGAAGCGACAGGGACGCACUCUGUACGGCUUCGGAGGAUAAACUCAUCUGUACACUCACAAACUCCCAACGGCUCUU